CCAAUUCCUCACAAGGGCAAGGACGAAUUCCCCCAUGAAAGCAUCGGCGGUCACCUCAUCCUCGGGUAUUUCCGUGACUUCCCGAUGUAUUUACGGAAGUAAUUGAACGACGUGAUCGCUCAGCCGUGAAGGUAGGAUUUCGCUUGUUAUCAGUGAUAACGUGCAGCCAUUGCAAAGCUCCAUCAUCUAACAGCGAGCUGGAUAACUAUCGCCAAUAUAACAAGCACCACAUUCGGUAGACGUGCGAGGCAGCACCACAAAGAGAUUUAACUUUCAAGGGAGGCAACUGUCAAGGAGGAACAAGCAGCACCGUCCAUGUGGCGAGGUCAAAGUUGAAAGGUCGCGUCAAUGUUGUUGUGGACAGUACACAUGUAUAUUCAAAGGUGAUAAGUCUUGUCACCUGCCGUAAUGGCGUGCUAUCAACAUCUGGUAUAUGUGAUGAUAGUUAUCUAUGCAAUAUGCUCUACUUAUACCACAGCGGAGAUUCAUCGGGCAAAGCCCACAGUAUUGAAAAACGGUGUCAAAGCCAAACGACCACCAGACGUGGCGCUCGAUUCGGAAAGUCAGGAUAUGACUGAAGAAGUUUCCAGUAGAACUUAUGAAAUCUGGGCUUACUCUCUUCUAAGUUCUGUUCUUGUUGGACUAAGUGGUAUAUUCCCUCUUCUAGUGAUCCCGCUGGAGUCCGGAUGCGCUCUCAAGCAUGGAGCGGCUGCAUCUCGCCUCAAGUUGAUGUUAAGUUUUGCAGUGGGCGGAUUGCUGGGUGAUGUUUUCCUUCAUCUGCUGCCGGAAGCGUGGGCUUACCUCGAUAAAGAUGAUGUCCACAAUAGCCAUUCAAGGAUCGGCCUUUGGAUCAUCAAUGGUUUGCUACUGUUCCUGAUUCUAGAGAAGACAUUUGGAGAUGAAAAUGAGUUUAAUCCAAUGGAAGACACUUGUGAUGAAAAGAUUAGUCCUGUGGUUGCGCCUGUGAACAGACAGAGUGAAAAUAGCCACAAGAAGAAGAGACAUAAAAAUCACAAGAAAACAUCUGAGGCUGUGAAUAAUAAAAAAGUUAUGCACAAAGACUCUUUACCAGAUACUCAGCAGAAAAAUACUCCUGAAACUAGUUCAGGCAAAGACCAUAUAAAGGUCAGCGGUUAUUUGAACUUGAUGGCCAACUGUAUAGACAACUUUACCCAUGGACUAGCGGUUUCAGGCAGCUUUAUCGUCAGCACAAAGGUUGGGUUCAUGACAACUGUAGCAAUACUCUUACAUGAAAUUCCACAUGAGAUUGGAGACUUCGCUAUACUACUUCGGUCAGGAUUUGAUCGAUGGAAAGCUGCAAAAGCUCAACUAAUCACAGCUACAGGGGGUGUUAUCGGAGCUGUGACAGCUCUUGUGUCAGACUCAGCACAGGCCGCAGGGGAGAGAACUGCAUGGAUUCUUCCAUUCACAUCUGGAGGAUUUCUAUACAUCGCCUUGGUAACCGUUGUACCUGAUUUGCUACAGGAGAAGCAUGGAUGGGAAUCGGUGAAGCAGGUAUUAUGUUUAAUAGGAGGCAUUGCCACCAUGUGUGUUGUGACUCUUGUCUGCUGAUGAAGGUCCUGAAGCGGAUGAUCCUCAUCCUGCAGGAUGAAGAAGGUCCUGAAGCGGAUGAAGAUCCUGAAGUGGAUGAAGGUCCUAAAGUGGAUGAAGAUCCUCAUCCUGCAGGGUGAAGAAGGUCCUGAAGCGGAUGAAGGUCCUAAAGUGGACGAAGAUCCUCAUCCUGCAGGAUGAAGAAGGUCCUGAAGCGGAUGAAGGUCCUGAAGUGGAUGAAGAUCCUCAUCCUGCAGGAUGAAGAAGGUCCUGAAGCAGAUGAAGAUCCUCAUCCUCAUCCUGCAGGAUGAAGUGAAAGAUCAAGGGACACUGAUAGAAGAUUGUUAUGUAGCAAACUUAGAUUAUGACACUGUUCAUUCAAGGAUGAGGUGGCCAAUGGGCCUGUAUGUAUGAAUCAAUCAUUGAUUGAGUGCCCAAUUUAUGGUCACAGGAUGAUGAAUCAAUCAUUGGUCGGGUGCAAUACUAGUAUGGGGAUCUUAAAGCCCCACCCUGACUAUAAAUAGCCCUCAAGGUGGCGGUGUUUCAAUUUCGAUCAGUGACUGGCAAUGUAAAUACAACCGUAUGUCGAGAGAAGCUAUUUGAAAACAAUAUCACCUUAGACUGUCAAACUUCGUAUCAACUUGAUUGACAAACCUUGGAUACCACAAAUGGAUCCAUAUCUAGAUAUAAGUUAAUAUUUUUUUAUUGCUUUUAUCCUUUAAAAAUUUAAACGGUCGUGGUUGAGCGUCUGCAUCAAUCACAGUGGGCGGAGUUUCUCUAGGGUUGUGUUAUAAUUAACAACAAGGUUAACUCAUGGUCAUGUGUACAUGUGACACAUUCUAUGCAUUUGUGGAAUUGUGUUGUGGUGUAUAUUUUUAUAGCAGAACAGCAGCACCACAACAGUUUCAGUAAAUGUGUAAAGUUCUAAGAAUACUACUUGUCUUACAUCAGUAGUCUCUCCAACUAUCCCAAAAUAUUUGGUCCAUUGGAACUUCUUGUUUUGUAGCAUGUCAACAUUUAAAAGCUUUCAUAGAAAAAAAAUGUUUUUAAUAUUUUACAUCAACCACAGGUUGAGAAAGGAUUAGUGCUCACUUUGCUUAUGGCAAAGCUCAAAACUUACCAAAGAUCAUAACUAGAUCAUAGUCUAGUCUAAGGUGUCGCAGAGUUGUAUCCCUUAAGAAUGCCAGGAGCCUGUGAUCGUUGGUUUGAAUCAUGUCUGGGCCACGUUCCACAAAGCGGUCUUAGUGCUACGACAGUCGGAGGUCUAUGUUAAGUAGGGGUGUUAUGAUAACCUUAGUGUGUGACAGAGUCAAUAGUUUAUGUAGCAUCAGCAAUGUAUCUAUAGUCAUGAAUCCUGUAAUGAAUUGUACAAUUUACACAGGAAAAUCCACUGUCACAUCAUCUUGUGCAAACACGGCUUUGUAAACACUGAAUUACAUUACCGUAUUCGACGUAAUACGCCCCCGCUCUAAUAAGCGCCCAAGGCGAUAUUCUAGGAAGGCAUGGUUUUUAACAUAUUUCAGCACCUACCGGUUUGACAGUUUGUCAAGAUUUUACAGCAUUUUAGAAAAACAUGUUUUAACAUUUUAAAGCAUCUUAGUUUUCGUAGCUUGUCAAGAAUUCACAGCUUUCAUAGAAAAAAUUCUUUUAAAUAUUUUACAUCAUGCACAGGUUGAGAUUGGGUUAGUGCUUGCUUUGAUAGAGCAGUGGAGGUCAAACAAUACAUGAAGUCAGCACAGUGGUGUCAUAAGACCCAGAAGUGAUGUCAUAUACGAGAAGUGAAGUCAUAGAAAUGCCAUUAUAACAGUAUUUUGAGUGGAAGUAUCAAGAUUAUUGUGUAUUUUCUUAAACAUUUCUGUGUUUUCUCAUAUUAACAUUACUGUUAACUAUCCUGAAUUACUAUAUGCUAGAUCCCAUCACAUACAGAACUUCAAAAUUCAGUGAUUCAGUUGAACGGGAUCUGUCUCCCUUGUACACAAUAUCUUCCUAAUAUCUAUACCACUUAGAUAUGGCAAGCUAUUUACAUGUUCCAAGGGCGGUCGGGUAGCCUAGUGGUUAAAGCGUUCGCUCGUCACGCCGAAGAUCCGGGUUCGAUUCCCGACAUUGGUACAAUGUGUGAAGCCCAUUUCUGGUGUCCCCUGCCAUGAUAUUGCUGGAAUAUUGCUAAAAGCGGUGUAAAACCAAAACACACUCACUCACUCACAUGUUCCAAGUAAUCAGAUUAGUGAACCAUGGUAUCACAGUGAUGUCCCUGGCUGUAAUAAGGGGCACGGGUGGCACAGUUUUCUAAGGCGCUGCGAUUUGCUGUGCAGAGUUGCGUCCCUUGGGCACGCCAGAAACCUAUGAUCAUGAUGAUUGUGGGCUCGAAUCCCGGUUCACAGGG